CCACGCCGCCCGCGACCAGACGAACGAUGCCGGGCUCCAAGACGGCCGCCGCACCGGGCGUGAAGAGGAAGCGCGACCCCGCCAAGGCCGAGCGCCGCGAGGCCAGGUCGAAGAAGCGCCAGAAGUCGCCCGCCAGCGCCGCCAGCGACGACGGCGAUGUCCAGGCCGAGAUAUUGCAGCUCGAGGCGCAGAUCCUCGAGUCGCGGCGGCACUACAACAACAUCGCGACCCUGCUGCAGCUCGCCAAGCAGCCCGCCGACGACGCCCCCGUGCUCGCCGCCGUCGCCCUCUGCCGCGUCUUCGCGCGCCUGCUGGUGGCCGGCGACAUGGCGAAGAGCAAGGGCAUGGGCGAGGCCGAGGCGACCGUCGUGGCCUGGCUGAAGGAGCGCUACCGCGAGUUCGUCGACACGCUGCUGCACGCCUUCCUGCGCAGCGACAGCCCCGCGAAGCAGUCCGUCGCCCUGACCCUGCUCAUGCGCCUGGUCAAGGAAGAGUCCAAGGCCACCGCCGAGUACAGCCUCAAGAACGGCCCGCUCUCGCGCCUGAUCGAGACGCUCCUGCGCCUGCCCGCCGACGACGCCAACCGCGACGAGUUUGCCGACAAGUACUUCAAGACCUUCGACGACGUGCGCUUCCACACCUUCAAGACCAUCAAGACCAUCCUCGCCACCGACCUCGACAAGACAGAGAAGACCCUCGUGGCCGCGAACAGCCUGUCGCUGCUGCUGUCGCUCGACACCGUCCCGCAAUCGAAAGACGACAUCAAGAACUACCACACAGCGUCGCAGUCCAAGGGCUCACGCCCGACACUGCAGGUGUACAAGCUCCAGGCGCAGGAGGCUUGGCUGGCGACAAUGCGCGCCGGGCUCGACAAGGACCAGCGCAAGGCCAUCCUGACCGUCUUCUCGUACCAGAUUGCGCCCUGGUUCCAGCAGCCCGAGAUGCUCAUGGACUUCCUGACCGAUUCCUACGACGUCGGCGGCGCCACCUCGCUCCUCGCUCUGUCUGGCCUGUACUAUCUCAUAUCCGAGAAGAACCUCGACUACCCGUCAUUCUACCUCAAACUAUACUCUCUGCUGGACGAAGGCCUCCUCCAUUCGAAGCACCGGUCGCGCUUCUUCAGAUUGCUGGAUACCUUCAUGUCCUCGACGCAUUUGCCAGCGGGUCUCGUCGCCAGCUUCAUCAAACGCCUCUCACGCUUAGCUCUGCACGGCCCGCCCGCCGGCGUUGUCAUUGUCAUCCCUUGGGUCUACAAUAUGUUCAAGCGCCACCCGGCUUGCACAUUCAUGAUGCAUCGUGAGGUCCGUGAUCCUGCGCUAAAGGAGAAGCUCGACCUUGAAGGCAUGGACGAUCCCUUUGACAUGGACGAGCUGGAUCCGAUGGAGACAAACGCCAUCGAGAGCAGUGUGUGGGAGCUCGAGGCAUUGCAGUCACACUACCACCCGAACGUGGCCACAUUAGCAAAAAUCAUCUCCGAGCAGUUUACAAAACGAUCCUACAAUUUGGAGGACUUCUUAGACCACUCAUACACAGCUCUCCUUGAUACCGAACUAGACAGAGACCUCAAGAAAGACCCAGAGGUCGAAUUCGAGAUACCCAAGCACAUUUUCACCGCCGAGGAAGGUCUGAACCCAAUAGGCCAGUUGCUCCAGCAAGCUAUAGAAGCAAGAUAGACAUUACAUAGUGUCUACAACAAAGACAAGUUUUCCGUCC